AUGGAAACCAGAGAUGGUUAUUUCAUUCACAAUACGUCCCUAUCAAAUGAAUUUAUGAAUUCUUUACCAAAUACUGGCCUCGAUGCAGAAGAUAUUUGGGAUUUAUAUGACGAUGAGACUCGACGGAUAUUUGCUGCGUGGAAUCAUAGAGCAUUAAAGAAAAAACCUCCUGUUCCCAUCUACUGUGCUGAGAAUGCCAAACCUAUCACUCCUCCAACUUUUGCGUCUAAAGACUGGGCGAGAAAACGCAAUCAAAAAGAAAACGAUAUAAUUCAAGCGACAAUCCAAGAAGUUGAAAGAGUGCAGGAGGAACAAGCCCGAAUAAAAAGAGAAAAGCGCGAACGUGAGUUGCGCUUGAAGAUUCAAAGAGAAGAAGCGGAACGAAAGAAGAGAGAAGAACAUGAACGACAAGAAAAGGAAAAGAAAGAAAAAGAAAUACGGGAAGCAAAGGAGAGGGAAGCAAGGGAAAGAGAAGAGCAGAAAAAGAAGGAUGAAGUAAAGAAAACUCAGGAUCAAGCUUCACAACAAGAAAAGGAAUUGAAAGAACGGUUCGGAGAUGAUCCACAAAAGGAUGCAAGCUACUAUUGGGACAUUAUUGAGAAUAUCAAAAGUGAUGUUGCCAAGCCAGUCUCUGAAAACAAGGACCUCAAAAACUUUUGUUUCUCUCAGAGACGGAAGAUUACUCCACGAUUAGGUCAAAUAACCAAAAGUAACAGCCAGAUUCAAAAAAUUACUAGUCUUGUACAAGGGACAUUUCAGGAAGCUCAAACUAAAGGACCUCUGGUAUAUAGAUGGGUUCUGAAUUUUUUCUGCAAGGCUGUCGUAAAGCAAGCAGAGGCCGAGGUUUCAGUCAAUCUUUCUAGUGCCUUUCCGUUAGCGAAACUCUGUCUCCUCUUAUGUUCCCAAAAUCCGGAUCUUCUUGAUUUGCUAAUUGCACGAUUACAGAAGAAGUGUCCAUGGGUAAUUCCUACCAUUUAUAAUCUACACACAGAAGUUGGAAGAAAAAAGUUGGGCUACAGAAAACUUGCUGAUGGGCGGUAUGAACAACAAGCGCCUUACAUUGAACGACAAUGUGGUAUUUUUGCUGUUUAUGCAGCCUUCGUGUCUCUCGAUGAUUCAUUAGGUCCUAGGAGCUGGAAACUUUUCUCUCGUCUUCUCAAUUUGACUUCUCCUAGGGAAUUUUUGGACAAGGACUUAGAUUUAGGUCAAACCCUUUGCUCUAUCGUAACUACAUAUUUGGAUAUCGCUGGUCGAGCCCUUUUGCGCAUAUACGGAAAUCAAGGCAGAAAGCUACUUGCUGCUUCUUUCAGUAUGCCUUAUGUCGGAGUAGAAGGAGGUGGAAGUCCAUAUGGCCGUUUGCGUAUCGUUGGUGAGGAUUGGUUAAACGGUAAAGGAGGACUGGAUUUCUCCUUUGAACCCUAG